AUGAGAGAAACUCAAGGACAAAUUGCUUCCACACAGAAGUCCAGGGGAUCCAGGGUCAUUCUUCAUAUUCCUUUGCUAGGGUAUGACGAGGACAGGGAGGAGAAAUUGGAGUCAAUGCUUCGCAUGUCCUUGGAUCCCUUGGGUCUCAGGAAGGCCCAUGACACCCUGGCAGGAAGUGCCAAAACAGCAUGGGGCCAACCAUCUCAGCCAGCAACUGUUUCAUGUGGGUCUGCGCCAUUGAGGGUACAACUACUUGACUGUGAGGGGAUGGAUUCACAGAGAUGUCCCAAAUCAAAUCUGAUUCUGGAGGAGAACCAUCAGAGUGAGGUCCUCCUGUGGCAUGGACUGGAGAAGAUCCAGAGUCCCAUGUGGAAAUAUCAGUCUCAUUCUGUGAUGGGCAAAUUGCAAUGUUGGGAGGGCAAGGGGAUUGGAAAGAUCUCCCAGCUGAUGAGCCACAAGAGCCUGCUUAAUAUUGCUCAUUUCAAGUCCUUCAUCAAUGGUGCCCUCAACUCUUUCAAUCAUGCUGCUGAGUACUACAUCCAGGAUGCCCAGGAAGAGGAAAAUUACCUUAGACCAUCGCCUAGUCUAAGCAAAGGGAAAGGGAUGGACGUGGGGGAUGAUGAGGAAGUCGAGCAGCAUGGUAGCCACGAUUCACAACGAAAGAGAAAAGAUAGGAAAUGGAAAACGGAGUGGUUGGUGAUACUGAUGGCUCUGGCCAAAGGUGUGUCUCGUGUGAAGAGCAUUCCACCUACCUUGCACACUCGCACUGCCAUCCAUGUAGUUGAGCAACUCAUGAAUGUGACUUUCAAGGAGGUCUCUACGGGAGGAAAUUCUGUGAUUUUGGAAUGUGAAGUAAGGGAGAGUGUCAUCCUCACAAUACCUCCUAGCAUGGCACCAGCACCAACAAGAGCAUAUUUUCCUGGAUCUACCCAAGCUGCAGUUGGAAAAGCAGCUGACAGACCCAUUCCAACUAGACGUCCCCAUGCAGCUCCUGUCAACAGACCUGGGAUGAACAAUCCAGAUGGGAUUCCCAAGCCAUAUGUCCAAAUAGCAAGGAGGAAAUACACAAUGAAGAAGCUCAUCACAGACACCGGAUGA